CCUCCCCCCUCCCUCUCCCUGGCGUUCCCAGCAGCCCGGGGUUUCAGAUGUCCCACCGCCGUUUGACCCCCUCCCCCUGCUUCUCCACCCUGCAAAUGAGGUUUGACCAGCAGACGCAGAGCCCACCUCUGGCUCAGAAUCACUGACAUUUAGACUCCAGGCUUCAACCUGUUUACAAGCCGGCUUUCCAAAGGAGGGGGGUGGGUGGAGGGACACGGGGCCAAACAAAACACCAACUGCCCAACUGCCGUCCCCCCAAAACAAGAAGUGACUUUCUGCAGACCUCACAUCCACAGGCACCACCAAAAAGAGAAAGCGAGAGGCAGAAGAGAACAGCGGCCGGUGACCGGGCAGCUGCCGCCAGCCCUGACAGCCCAGGAGGAGGGACGCGCUGCCGGGGCUGUCUAGGGCUGGGGCUCCGCCGAGAGGGACCAGCGGGUGCGACCUCGGGCGCGAGCGGAGCGCUGCCCCAGCCUCUGUGGGUCUCGCUCCCCGUGCUGUCAUCUGUUUUUCAGACUGUUUUCUUUUUUUUUCGUCUAACAUGGUGACGAAAGGAGUGAAGAAGAGAACAAAGUAACUCCUGGGGGAGUGAAGAUCGCUGGUGACCCACUGCACGAUCGCCACCAAGCAGCUCCCGCGACUGCGGCCACCCACCCCGGUCCACCAUCGCCCGGAGCCUGCAGGGGCGCCCAGCGGAUCCCGGACGGGAGCGAGAAGAGGCAGCGGCCCUUGAGAGGAGUUAUGGAUGGUGGUGCAUUGCCUGCUGGCCGGAUCUGCACCCGGAGGGAGCUAACCAGCGGCCGCCACCUCCAGCUGUCUCCCUGCCGCGCACCGGGUCUCACCCUUCCAGCAUGUUCGUUCUGAUAAGACAAUUUCCAGCGCCGCGAGUUUCAGUACAAUGUGGAAAUGGAUACUGACACAUUGUGCCUCAGCCUUUCCCCACCUGCCCGGCUGCUGCUGCUGCUGCUUCUUGUUGCUGUUCUUGGUGUCUUCCGUCCCUGUCACCUGCCAAGCCCUUGGUCAGGACAUGGUGUCGCCAGAGGCCACCAACUCCUCUUCUUCCUCCUCCUCCUCCUCCUCCUCCUUCUCCUCUCCCCCCAGUGCCGGGAGGCACGUGCGGAGCUACAAUCACCUCCAAGGAGAUGUCCGCUGGAGAAAGCUCUUCUCCUUCACAAAGUACUUUCUCAAGAUCGAGAAGAACGGGAAGGUCAGCGGGACCAAGAAGGAGAACUGCCCGUACAGUAUCCUGAAGAUAACGUCAGUGGAAAUCGGAGUUGUUGCCGUCAAAGCCAUUAACAGCAACUACUACUUAGCCAUGAACAAGAGGGGGAAACUCUAUGGCUCAAAAGAAUUUAACAAUGACUGUAAGCUGAAGGAGAGGAUAGAAGAAAACGGAUACAACACCUAUGCAUCCUUUAACUGGCAGCACAAUGGGAGGCAGAUGUACGUGGCACUGAAUGGGAAAGGAGCUCCCCGAAGGGGACAGAAAACUCGAAGGAAAAACACCUCAGCCCACUUCCUCCCGAUGGUGGUGCACUCGUAGAAGGCAGCGCUCGUGGGUGCAGCAGAACCGAAGGCCCUUUGGCCGGGAGCAGUGGGUAUCGUUCACCAAGACAGUCACUCCCGAGGCAAAGACGCACAGCAGACAUCUGCUUGCGCGAAUGAAAGGGAGUCUUGGAUGGUUUUUGUACGCACUGCUGACGUGUGGUGUUCUUUUACUUAGUCCGUAUCAUGCCUUAUAAUUGAGAGAGAGGCAGAUCAAGUGGGAAGGAAGUUAUUCCCAAGCGAACAACCUUAUGGCUAGGUUUUUUGCUGGAAUUUUGCUUUGUAACAUCUGAGAUAGAACUCAAAGGACAUGAGACAACCUGUUGGAUGCUCUUUGGAAAAGUUAUUUAUGGACUAUGAACUCAUAUCAAAGACCUGCACUGCUCACUCAAGCCGAACGAUUCAAGGAGCAGUGAGACACGCAAGCAUGUGCUGGACAGCACUCGGGUGAUGUUUGUGCACAACCAAAGGAGCUUUGGGCGUGGCAUCGUGGAAGCAUUGGCUAGGACUGAAAAAUGUACACGAGUUAGUGUAAAACUGUUCUAACAAAACAAAUAGUAUGGUAUGCUUGUGCAUUCUGCCUUCAUCCCUUUCUAUUUCCUUCUAAGUUAUUUAUUUAAUAGGAUGUUAAAUAUCUUUCGGGGUUUUACAGAGUAUCCUCAGCAGCUGCCCCCUGAUUUGCUUUUUCUUUCUCUUCAGCACACCACAUGCAUGUUUAUGACAAAGCGUUUUCAGAACUUGGCAGACACUUCCGGACUAGGAGCUGACAUUGCAGAAGCAGAGUGAGUGGCACAAGGGCCACCAGUUGACUUAAUCAGCACGCCCACACUGAGAACCAUCAACCACACCCAUGUGACAGUGCUGUGGCAUGGCUUGAGUGACAGAUGUCUCCCAUCAUUUAGAAACGUACCACUGCUAAGUCUUCCUUUCCUAAGAAAUAGACCAGAAGGCUAACCUUUUCUCUUCCAAUACAUCAGUGGGUCUCCAAGAAUAUACCAAAAGAAAGAAAAUUCAUUGUCAAGUACACCUUAGUAGCCUAGCCUUAUAAUUUACUAGUGAUUUCCUGUCGUGUGUCACAGUGGUAGGUGAUGAGGGGCUGUCUUCGUACCCGAGAACACUAAGUCCCCCUGUGGUGCGUCUUCCCCCCAGGGGGUCUCAAGGAACUGGGUAUGAAGUGCAACUUUCCCAGGGGAUCAACCUGAGCAGAUGUAUCCAAGUGUAUGUGUAACCAUAUACUGCAACCUGUUCCAGCCAUACGAUCUAGUCUUUACACAACCAAACACAACUUAUUUUCUGUAAAUUUGAAGGCUGUAACUGUAUUGAAAUUCAUCUUGUUAGAGCAGGCAUAGAAAACAGUACAUCAUGUUGUAUCCUACUAAAGACAUACAUAAGCCUUAUUUGCAGUGUCUGUAGUGAUUUUUAAAAUGUAGAAAAAUACUAUUUGUUCUAUUUGUUUCAAGCAAUUACUAUAAGAGGAUGUUGAUGCUGCAGUUUUAUUUUCAUAUUUCUUGGUUUGAAAAGGUCUGUUUAUUGUUUGGACGAGAUAUUUUGGAACAAGAAAAAAGACUCACUAAAUGUGUCAUUUUACUAAAGUUUAACCUCUAGAAAGGCUGGUGGUUUGUGAUCUUCUCUUAUAACUUAAUUGUGUCAAUGCUUAACCAGCUCUUCCAGUUAAUCUGUUAUUUAAGAAUUAGCUUUAUUAAGAAACUUUCCCAUAGAGUAAUCCUAUAAACGGUCGUAUUUUUCUCAUUCCUUCAAAAUUGGGGGAUUUCAAAAGAAAUGCAUCUGAAGCAGUAAUUUGGCUUAUGGCUUAAGUUGUAUUUCAUGCAACCUGGCUUCCAACUUGCUUUGUGACAAAUGAGAUACUAAAAAUGUUUAAUUUUUUGCGGUUGGACUCCGCAGGUUAAAAUUUAGUGGGUUGUGGAGUCUGGGAGCUAUAGUGUAAUGCGUUCCUCUCAGAACUAGAUUACCUUUGUUCUUUUAUUUUAAAAUAAUAAUUGCACCUGACACAUGAACAUGGACCACCCACAACCCAAAUUAAAUGUUCAAUGAGACCAAUACAGUAUUGGAUGACCACGGUAACAGCAGAUAGGGCCCAAACUGGGUUCCUAUUUCACGUAGCCAUUUAGAUUACCACAGAGGCCGUGUAAACAGUCAUCAUCAUGUACUCAACACAGCAAAACAGCUUCCAGCAACGUGCAUCAAAGCUUGCAGAAGCCAAAAAUAAAAACCAUCUCCCUUUCCUCUCCCCGCUCCACACACACAAACGCAUGGACAGAGCUGCAGAGACAGUCUGAUAAGGAGCAAUGAGGUUCUCCUGCAUUUAAAAAUGGCAUCUUUGCCUGAUAUUGAGACAGAAUCCCGGUCCUCUUUGUCGCUGGACUGUGCCGCUGGAGGAAAAGCAGCUCCAGCCCUGAAUAUUGCAUAUUUUUUUUUAAAAUCAUUACAAUUUUGGGAGCUCUGCCUCUGUGGGAACUGUCCUCCCCCAACAACCCCUCCCACCCCCCGCCACAAUGUCAAGGUACAUCAGCCAGAGACUGUGCAUCAGCCAGAGCGCGGGCUCCUGGGGACACUCCUCAUAAAGACAUAGAAUCCCUCCCCCCUCCCACCUCCCAGACGGCUGAACAGUGUAUAGCAUGUUACAUUCGAAUAAAUGAAUAAAAAUGCUGGGAAAGGAAAAUAAAAGUAUCGUCCUUGUUUGCUUUAUUAGCCUUAAGCCUCACCUGGUCCCAGAGACAGAGGCUCCUGUGUCGUGUGCAUGGCAGGAUGUGGUUAAAUGCCCCGCAGCCCCAAACAACAACAACCGAGAAAACAUCCCUCAAACAUUUGUAAGAUUUCUUUAAUGCUUUGCAUGUGUGAGGCAGCUAUCCUCACUCUAAUAACAACCAAAUGCUUUCGACUUUUUCCUGCAUAUUCAGGUCCACCUCGUUUACACAGUGGAUAAAGGAGGGUGGAUGGAACACGAGGGUGGCUUGUGAAACAAUGAGACUUUUGGAGGAAGG